AUGGCCCAAGUUGGGUUCGAAGACCUGUCCGGAACCUCCGUUCCGCAGACAGCCAAUCCUUACGAUGGAUUGAUUGAUGCUUGCCAUGGUGACCCUAAACUGAUCCAAGAACGAUACUCCGCCCACCGAGAAACCAGAAAUGCCCAACAACGAGAGAAGAUCCUGUCCGCGGAUUUCAAAGGCUGGAUCCUGGACGAGUACUUGGUCAAGUUGGACGGGCCGCAGAAGGACGAAUCGUUCACAGACCCACGCCACUGCCUUGUCUUCUGGGGGAGGCCGCCUCAGAAGGUCAAGAACCUGAUCAAAGUCAUCCAGUCAAAGCUUCUUGAUGCCGCCCCAGAUCUGUGGGUGAUGCCACCGGAUAACCUGCACAUAACAGUCAUGGAGGUGGCUCAUUCCAAGACGGAAAGUGAGAUCGCAGAGCUCGUCGAUACUGUCAAAGCGCAUCAUAAGGACAUUGCCGACUACACCAUGUCGCACCGCGCCAGGCUUAUCAAGCCAGUGUUGAGUUAUGACUCUGCCGCGCUGGCGCUGAGCUUUGUGCCGGCCGCUGGAGAGUCGCCUUCGCACUGGCGCGCCGCAAAAGAUGAUGAGUACACUUACCACCAUCUCAGACGAGACAGCUAUGCCGCUCUCACAGAAGCUGGAAUCCGGGUCGGCUCCAGAUACGUGGUCCCUUCGGCCCACCUGACCAUUGCGAGAUUCAACUCGCCCAACGUGUUUGGCGGAGACCCCUUGGACGAGAGUGCUACUCUAGACAUAAAGAAGCGCAGGCACUGGAUUAAUGAGCUCGAAUUGAUCAACAAAUGGCUGGAGGUGGAAUACUGGCCCGAAGAAGGGCAGCUGAUCAAGCCCGGCGGCGAGUGGGUGGUAGGUGAAGAGAAGGGCCUCGACUUCCGCAAGGGCACGUUAUGGUACGGUGGCGGCGAGACGAUCUAUCUUGGGGAAGGGUUUGUACACGACGAGGUGGUCGCCAAUUGA